CCCCCAUCACCGUCGUCGAUAGCGAUGUCGGAAUCGCCAGCACCGCCAGAUGCAACGUUCGUACGGCCCACCGCGCCGAUGCGCAACUCCACGGCCACCUCACGUCUCCUCGCCAACCGCAAGCCCAUGGCGUCCACACCCAUCCCACCGUCCUUACAGGCAAAGAUGGCUGCUAUGGCUGCGCGCAGCCAACAGCCGGGGAACACCAUGGAUGCCACAACAAAUGCGUUCCAGAGUAUGACGCUGAGAGAUAGGCCAGUGCACCCGAUGCUACGUUCUGCACAGUCUGCGCCUUCAGCGCCUGGAAAAGCCCCUGGCCCGCUCAGCGGCUUAGCCGCACGCCGUGCAGCGCCGAAGCUCAAGGUCAUGGACAUUCCAGGAGGGUCGCUGAUGCCCUCAGGCGGUGGCCCAAGCAAUGCCGGUCUCGGUGGCGGAAGGCCCAAUAUGGACGAGUUGCCGAGAAGAUCGCCUCAGCAGACAUGGGGCACGCCGUUCUCAAACUUUGGCAAGAUAGUCGAUCCAUCGGGUGCACUUAACUUCAACGGGAAGGCGGUGCUUCAUGCGAAAGGUGUCGACUUUUCCAACGGAGUCUCAUUUGCUAUCAACAUGACCCAGCUGCAGCUCGAGGAAGAGCUCGGUCGGGGUAACUACGGCACUGUAAAGAAGGUCUUCCACAAGCCCACCAAGGUGUAUAUGGCGAUGAAGGAAAUACGCUUGGAAUUGGAUGAAGCGAAACUGAACGCCGUCAUCAUGGAGUUAGACAUCCUGCACCGCGCUGCCGCACCAGAAAUUGUCGAUUUCUACGGAGCAUUUUUCAUUGAGUCCUGCGUCUACUACUGUAUGGAGUACAUGGACGCGGGUUCGCUUGACAAACUCGAACAGGACGGCAUACCAGAGCCAGUUCUCGGUCGCAUAACGGGGAGUAUGGUCCGUGGGCUCAAGUUCCUGAAGGACGACAUGCAGAUCAUUCACCGUGAUGUAAAGCCGACGAACGUUCUUGUGAGCAGGAAGGGCGAGGUAAAACUAUGCGACUUCGGUGUCUCGGGGCAGCUCGAGCGAUCGCUUGCGAAGACGAAUAUUGGCUGUCAGAGCUACAUGGCUCCGGAGCGUAUCAAAGGAGAAUCGCAGAACAACCUCGGCACCUACACCGUCUCGUCCGAUGUUUGGUCACUAGGCCUUUCCGUCAUAGAGAUGGCGCUGGGCCACUAUCCAUAUCCACCAGAGACGUACGCAAACGUGUUUGCUCAGCUUACGGCAAUCGUCCACGGAGAACCACCAGAACUACCUGAAGAGGGCUAUUCGGAUGAAGCGAGAGAUUUUGUGGUGCAGUGUCUCCACCGUGUGCCUGAGAUGCGAGCGUCGUAUGCUGAGCUUAUAGAACACCCCUUCCUGGUGCGCGACCGCACAUUAGAGGUCGACAUGGUUGGAUGGGUCGCGAAAGCCAUCGAGUCUCGCGAUGCUCGACAGCGAAAACAGCAGGAAGAGCAAAAACAUCAACAGCAGUCAUCAGAUCAAUCGCAUACUCCGUCUGAGCAAUAACUACCCUAUCCGUCGCCGUUCGCGUUCUGUCUCUGCGAGCCAGAUUAAAUUCGUCGCCCCGGCUGUAACCUACAGGUGUAUCAAUGUCUUUUUCGAUGUAGCCUUACUCUUCCCCGAAGUCGGCGACACCCUGCCACCCGCAUCUCCAUCGCCAAUAUUAUCUGGUCGUCCCGAACCGCCCAGGACCUCAGACCCUCAACCCUCUUUCCUCGUUCGCCUUCAUCCCAGUUCACCCCCUCUCGCCUCACUGCGCGCGCGUCCGGCAUUCCUGCUAUCUCAAACACGCAUUUAUCACAGUUGUUGAUCAUUCCUCAAUCCCUUUUCGGACACUAACGGGAGCGGGGUAUGCCGGUCUACCAUAGUAACUUCUCACGCGUGUUGAAUUCGGGACCUGUCGAACGGGUUGGAGACGAUGGAGAUGUCUCGCCGGACUCGGGAGCGUAGUGCUAUGAGUGCUCUACGCGCGCACAGCGGGUUCUGUGCGUAGAGUAUGAAAUUGGACAUAUAUUCUGCCGGUCUUAGACCUCAUUACCGCCUCACAUUGCUGUCAUACACACUGUUAUUUGUAUAUUCGCGCGAUCAUCUUCCUUACAUCCCGAUUUCCUCAUCACCGUCUUAGUUCAUGUCCACUGUCUGUGCAACAGCAGUCACCCUGCGUAAUCUGAUGUAUGUGUGCGCUGGACGCGAGUUGUGUUUGUGGUCAGACGAGCAGUUUACCAACGUUCAAGCCGCCCGUCAGACCGUUAUCGAUGGUGAGUAUCUCACCGUUUAUGAAGGCCGAUUCAUCUGAAGCCAGGAACAAGACCGUGUUCGCAAUUUCAAUAGGACCGCAGAAGAUAUCGGGCCGUUUGGCGACAUGUGGCUGAAAUGCAGCUGGUAAGAAAUCCGUUCCCACAGGCCCUGGCGCAAUGGCAUUGACCCGCACUCCCGUGCCGCGCGCAUUGUGCACGUGUGCGCCGCUCAUCGCCAGGUUGUGUAUCGCGGCCUUACUAGCUGUGUAUUCCAUGGCAGCGUGUGUGCCACGUAUGCCCCCAGUUGAACCUGUCAUGAUGAUGCUUCCGCCAGCUUUGAGCUUGCCGCUAGCCUCGUUGAUCUUGGCCAUCGCUAGUGGGGCAUAUUUGAGCGCGAGGAACACGGAGCCUACGUUGAUUCUCAGGCACUCGACGAAACCCGCGAGGGGGGUCUGGUCGUACGAAGGUGCCUUGGCUCCAUACGUCGCUGCAUUUGCGAAGAAGACGUCGAGCUGGCCAGACUCUUUCACUGCGCGCUCACAGAGACCCUUCACUGCAUCUUCGUCGGCUACAUCCGCCUGCACAAAUGUGAUCUUGGUGUCAAUGUACGUCUUCUCAAACGUCUCCCGCAGGACCACAAAGUUUUCGGGGUUAACGUCUGCAGCGUAGAUAUGCCGGGCGCCUUCGUCUGCAAAACGCGCUAUUGUCGCCCAGCCGAUUCCGCGCGGCGACCCUGCACCGGUGACGAUGCAAACUUUGCCUUGCAGUCUUCCAGGUCUAGAGGUCAGUUUGUCAGCCAUGACGAACGAGGUCUGAAG